GCAUUAAUUACCACCGGGAUUUGAUCAGUACAAUUUCAGUGAUUAUUUCGCAGUGGAAGUUGUCGGCAGGAGCCCUGUAAUCGGCGUGCGUUCCAGCGACAUGGCGCCUGCUGGAUCAAGCCCAAUGUCCAUUGAAACGGCUGUGAUACACACUGGUGUCCCAAAAGUGUUGGGUUCUGCCGUGAUGCCGAUUUUUCAAAGCGCUACCUACGGGUAUUCAGGGGAUGGCAAUGAAGAUCUCGUUGCCUACACUCGCCCUGCUGAUUCUCCGAACCAUCACGCGCUUGCACGAGCGAUCGCAGCGAUAGAAGGAACAGAGGGUGCUCUGGUGACCGCGAGUGGUAUGGCAGCUAUCAGCAGUACGCUGUUGGCCCUCCUGAGGCCGGGCGACCACCUGCUCAUCCAGACUGCCACAUAUGGAGGGACAUCUGAGCUAGUGCAUCAAGAAUUGUCCUCCCUGGGAAUCGAGCACACCACUGUGGACCCAGCAGACCCUGGCAGCUGGGAGAAAGCGCUCAGAACAAACACCAAGGUGUUCUAUGUGGAGUCCAUCAGCAACCCUCUGAUCGGCGUGGCCGACAUGGAGGCAGUAGCAGCCUUCUCCCAGCAGCACGGUCUCACACAUGUAGUGGACAACACCUUUGCGACGCCAGUGCUGCUCAAGCCGGCGCGGCUGGGCUUCAUUGUCAUCCACAGUGCCACAAAGUUCCUCAAUGGCCACUCCGACAUCAUCGCUGGGGCUGUCGCCGGCCCUGCCAACUUCAUUGCAAAAGUGAGGGAGAAGAUUGUUGUCUAUGGGGGCGUCCUUGACCCGCAUGCCUGCUUCCUGCUGCAAAGAGGCCUGACAACCCUGGCCCUGCGAGUGCGCCAACAAAUCUCCUCUGCACUCGCCCUGGCUAAUUUCUUGGAGGAGCAUCCCCAGGUGGAGAAGGUGAAUUACCCAGGGCUGGAGAGUUCGCCCUUCCACGGCCUUGCGAAGCGCCUGUUCAAGGGCUCCGGCGGGGGAGUGCUGUCAUUUGAAGUGAAGGGCGGCCCAAGUGCUGCACAGGCCCUGCUGAAGGCACUGAAGCUGCCGCUGAUAGCUCCCAGUCUGGGCGGGGUGGAGUCCCUGAUCACCAUGCCAUCUUUCACAUCCCAUGAAGCUUUGGGGGUGGAAGGCCGCAAGGCUGCAGGAAUUUCCGAGUCACUCAUCAGGCUUUCGGUGGGUAUCGAGGGCACAGAAGAUCUCAUUGCAGAUUUUGCACAAGCCUUGGGUGCAACUGCAAAUGGCAACGCCAACAAUGGUGCCCUUACAAGCUUGAAGGUUUCCUGAUAGAGCAGACUCCUGUCCCAACAAUGACAGAUUGCAGCCAAUUGGCCGCUUCUUUCAUGGCAUGUGUCCUGUGAGGUACAAAAGGGCUCAAAUUUGCCGCAUGACAAGGUCUGCCACAUUGCUGUGUAUUAAUUAUCCCAAACGUCCACAACGAGCGCAGUGCUGCCGCAGCGGCUAGUCCUGUACUGACUAAACUCUUGGAGCACGUGCACCUUCUCUUUACAGACUGAGUAUUUCAAGUUGACGUUUGAGACUAAGUUUAGAUGUUCAGCCACAUGUGCACAGUGAGAAAGCACCAGGCUACUGAUCUAGCAAAAAAAUUCCGGUCACGUUAUAAAAAGUGGACGUUGAGAGAAGCGCCUCUCUUGCUUUUCACAGGUUCCUCAGCAGUGCAUACCACCAACAUUAUCAUACAUUCUUGCUUUCUCUGUCGCGGAUGGAGGGAUGUCUCAAGCAGCAUGCAGAAGCUUGAGCUGGCCAGUGUUCAGGCCAUGCUUUCUGUGUUCUUGUAGAGGCAAGCCCUUCACAGUGGCCCACAGAAUGCUCAGUGUAUCCCCAUGGGACACCAGCAGAAUGCUCUUGCCUUUGUUGCUCUCCUCCAAGGUGGCAAAGAGGGAUCGCACGCGCUCUGCAACCU